AUGGCUCCCGCCGGUCGACAAUCCCCCGAGCACGCCUACGGACAGACACCAGAGCGUACUGCUCCACGGCACGGCCGUCCAUUGACCUCCGGAGAUGGCACCGCAAACUCGCGCUCCGCUCCUCGACGUGAAGCACACCACCACCAUCACCGCGCCCUCUCCACCCCCGGCAUCAACGCCCAGCUCUCCCGCGCCCGCUCCACGCCCCUCCUCCCCCCAAACUCCCCCAACGACCACGCCAUCUUCCACCAGGAGGUGACCUACGCCCGCCCGCUCCUCCUAGACCACGAUCGGUAUCCUCCCAUGCCGCAGCUGCGCGCGGCGACCUUUCUCCCCGCGAGGGGCGUCCGUCAGCGCUGGGAGUAUAACUCCCUCAGCGACGCGAAUAUGUGGCCCCACUUGAGUGAGGCUCUUUUUCAUGAGCCAGAGGGGUUGAGGGAUCUUCUUAAGCGGAAGGAUUCCACCACCGCCGCUCAUGAGAAAGCUCCUGUCGUCCCCCGCGAGACCAGCACUGUUCGCGCCACGCUCCUCGAUGCCGGGAGGGCUGUCAGGGAGCAGAUGGUGGGGAACGGACGGGCGGUAGGUGAUAGACUCUCGCGCAGCGCGUGCGCGUUGGGGGAGAAGGCGAAGGCCGUAGGGAGGGAGGUUAGAUCUCACCUGUUGUGCGAGACAAAGUCCCUCCCCCCCGCGCUGGAGAAGAUGCCCCUGGAGCGGCCCUUUCUAGGGGAGUGUGAUUUCACCGUGCUCUCCCUGCACGACAUUCGGUUCCCUAGUCCGGAGAUCUUGAUCGAUCGCAUGGGUAGGCGUGGUGCGGUGGGGGAUUCUGGCGCGCUCGCAGCGGACCCAGACGCUGCGGGUGAUUUGAACCCGGAUGAGCACUAUCUCCCUCGCACCAUUGCGGAUCCCCGCCGAAUGGCUCCAUCCACGAACGCGCGCGACGACCGCGUCCAUCGCAGGCGCCGCCACCCGAGCGAAACCCUCCGCAGGCGCUUCGCCCUCGCGUCCAUCGACGAGGAAACCCCCUCGGACACCAGCAGCGCCACUCCCCCCCGCUUAGGUGGCUUCGCCUCCUCGAUGGACCCCCUCCCACCGCCCGCGUAUCCCCUCCACGCCACCGCCACCGCCGGCGCGGAGCGGGAUGAGAUGCAGAUCGUCCGCAACCGCGAGGCCGAGGCGGAGAGGCGGAGAGCGGCGCUCGCGGCGGGGGAGGAGGAUCGCUGGGCGGGGGGUGCGGGUGGGGAUGGGGUGGUGCUUGCGCCGAGGUUUGGGCAUCGGGAGGCGGGGGUUUUGACGCUUUCGACCGCGACGGCGGUGGGGGAGGGGAGUUCGCGAACUCCUCCUAUCCUCGCGCCGCAGGAUAGCGCUGCUGCGGGUGUCGAGGGUGAGGGUGAGGGUUAG